AUGAAGGGCCUUUUCCUUCUCGGCCUCGCCGCCGCCGGCGCCGGCGCCUGGCGCUAUCCCGACUGCGACCACGACAACGUCUACAACAACCUCAUCGAUGCUCGCUACGCCGACGCCGGCAAGCGUUUCUGCUUCGAGUUCCUCGCCGCCACCACGACGGACCCGGCCGCCAUCCCCACCGUCUUUUCCGAGUGUCAAGGCAAGGUCGACAGGGUCAGCUCCGCCUGCUCGUGCAUCACGUACACGGCGACGCACACCGACAAGGCCCCCGUCGAGACGUCGUGCGACGGGCAAACGACGAGCACCGUCGUCGCCACGUACACGACACCCCCCGACUAUGAGCAGCCCCCGACGUCCAACUACGAGCAGCCCCCGACGUCCAACUACGAGCAGCCCCCGACGUCCAACUACGAGCAGCCCCCGACGUCCAACUACGAGCAGCCCCCGACGUCCAACUACGAGCAGCCACCGUCCUCCAACUAUGAGCAGCCACCGUCCUCCAACUAUGAGCAGCCACCGUCCUCCAACUAUGAGCAGCCACCGUCCUCCAACUACGAGCAGCCACCGUCCUCCAACUAUGAGCAGCCGUCGAGUUCUUACUACGAGCAGCCGUCCAACUCGUAUUACGAGCCGCCGUCGACGUCCGACUAUGAGCAGCCGUCCAACUCGUACUACGAGCCGCCGUCGACGUCCAACUAUGAGCAGCCAUCCAACUCGUACUACGAGCCGCCGUCGACGUCCGGCUAUGAGCAGCCGUCCAACUCGUACUACGAGCCGCCGUCGACGUCCGGCUAUGAGCAGUCGUCCAACUCGUACUACGAGCCGCCUUCGGCUCCCACCACCGACGCGUACCCCACAGACUACACGACGUCCACCAUCUACUCGACCAUGACGCACACCAUCACCAGGUGCACCCCCGGCGCCCCCUACUGCCCCUCCGGCGGCCACACCACCGUCGUGACGGAAACCGUGCCCGUCUCCACCACCCGCUGCCCCGUCACCCAGACGCCGACGGAGUGGACCACGUCGACCGUCUACAAGACGACGACGCACACCAUCACGCAGUGCCCGCCCAACGUUCCCUACUGCCCCGGCGGCCAGACGACCGUCGUCACCGAGACCAUCCCCCUCUACACGACCGUCUGCCCCGUCACCCAGACGCAGCACCCGACGGCCUACCCCACGGGCACCGUCCCUUGGCCCGGCACCAACCAGACGACGACGCUCUACACGACGCACACCUACACCAUCACCAAGUGCCCGCCCGACGUCCCCAACUGCCCCAUCGGCAGCGUCACCACGACCGUCUACCCCACCGCCACGACCUGCUACCCCUCGUGGACGGGCCCGCCCCCCGAGCACUCGCCCACGCAGUACCCGCCGCCCGAGAACCCGCCCACGCAGUAUCCUCCCCCCGAGAAUCCUCCUACCCAGUACCCUCCCCCCGAGAAUCCCCCUACGCAGUAUCCUCCCCCCGAGAAUCCUCCUACGCAGUACCCUCCCCCGGAGAAUCCCCCUACCCAGUACCCUCCCCCCGAGAAUCCCCCUACGCAGUACCCUCCCCCCGAUAGCGAACCCACGCAGUACCCUCCCCCCGAGAAUCCCCCUACCCAGUACCCUCCCCCCGAGAACCCCCCUACGCAGUAUUCUCCCCCCGAUAGCCAACCCACGGCGUAUCCCCUUCCUCCCCCCGAGCUCCGUCCAAAGGAGGAUCUAGGGCCCGGCGUGACUCUCUCCUACUACCCCCCACCUCCGGAUCAGACGCCCCCGAGCGUCUACGGUAUCCCGGAGAUUCCUUCGCUCGGGAACCCGUCCAGCUACUACCCGCCGCCGGCGAAGACGCCUCCGGUCCCCACGGCGGCCGUUCCUGCAGCCUCGACCACUCGCCCCGUCGUGGUCACGGCGGCGGCGGGACGCAUCUUUGGCAGCGCCAGCGUCGUCGCCGCCGUCGCCGCCAUGGUUGCUUUCUUGUAA